UUUUUUUUCCCCCGUUUAUUGAGCCCCGGAAUUGGGAACAUCCUUCCGGCUGCCGCAGUGAGACAAGAAGUUGAGACCCUUGUCUUGGAAUUUGUUCGAAAACGACGCAACGUCAUCUUCGUCGUUUGCCGGCUUUGAAUUGCCCGCCACCUCCUCGACAACCACCUUUUCCUCUGCGCUUCAAUAUACCGCACCAUCGCCAUCUUUCUUCAUCAUCACUCAUUCUCGCUCAUCAUCAUCACCCGCCCGUCAUGUCGACCCCCCGCAAUAAGCGCCAAUUCGCCGGCGCUGCAGCCGAUCCCGCCCAGCGCCAAAUCACAUCCUUCUUCGCUGCUCAAUCGCCCAACAGCUCACCUCCAGCUGCCGCUGACGCCUCCUCUCUGCGAGCCCCGUUGCCCGCCAACGUCCAGGCAAACCUCCUCAGCGUCGGCAUGCGGGUCCGCAAGUCCGUGCCCGAAGGCUACAAGACCACCGGCACCAGCGCCUUCAAGCUGUGGACGGACAGCACUCGACCCGGCGAGGUGAAGGCGUCGUCGCAAAUGACGUCGACGGGGAAGCCCGCAUCAGCAGUAUCAAGAGAACUAUUGCCGUUCUGUGGCAUCAACAAAGUCGGUGGAUUGGAUACGCAGCCCGAAUUCAUCUACGAUGACGGUGAUAUCGAGAUCCCCGCUCUGGACGAGAUUCCCGAGCUGAGCAUGUCGCAAGAAAGCACCGAUAGCGUCGAGAACGGGCUUUCGAGGAAGCGAUUCUACGAUGAGCAGGAUGACCUGCAGGUCCAGAACUGGGAUGGAGACGACGCCGGCAGCUACAGGGCUAUUGCUGUCCCGCACUCUCGGAUCAAGAAGAGCUCUGUGUUCAAAGGCAUCGACCAGGAGAAUAUGGCAGUCGACGGCGAUGAAGAUUUCGAGGAUGCUAGCUUCCUGGGAUUUCAAGGAGGAAGGGCCAUGGAUAUGGCUUUUUAGAGCAGAUUAUCUGCGAAAGUGUCGUUGGGACUCAAUUGUACCAAGAAGUUUGUAAUUGCACAGGGGGAUGGACUUUGGCGUAUCGGCGUUAUUCAAGGCACAGUUUAUAUUGACCGCUCAAACAGGGAGGCCGUCAAAUUUUUUUUGUACAUGGCUUAGCAGGGCAAGAUGAGCCAGGGGCUGGUUUGUACGAUGGGUUGUAUCAUCAUCGGUAUUGGGGUGUAUAGUAUUACCUCGAAGUGGCACAUACAUAACAUGUGCUUAUUAAAUACAAGGAAUUUACAAUUAUCUAC